GCUGACAGCGGCUGGAGCUCGCUGCACGAGCUCAUUUGGCGAGUUUUCACCUCUGCGCUCCUGUAACGGGCCGCAGCGUCUUUAAGGAGAGCGGGUGUCUAAGUGAAGAAGUGUAGCGUGAGAAACUAGUGCUGGCCGACUCUGUUAUUGACCGCGCCAACUGUCCCGCGCAGCCAUGGCCUCCGCCACCUCCACCCCGGUCAGCUCGACGAGCCGUGGCCCCCGCACGACGAGGCGCAGCGCGGCCGGCGCGUCGCAGUCGCCGUCCUCCUCUGGCUCCAGCCCCACCCGCAUGAGCCGCGUCCAGGAGAUGGAGGAGCUGCGGCAGCUCAACGACCGGCUGGCCGCCUACAUCGAGCGCGUGCGCCAGCUCGAGAGCGACAAGAGGUGCAUGCAGCGGCUGCUGGAGGAGAAGGAGGACUGCAGUGCGCGGGAGGUGGGCAGCAUGCGGCUCCUCUACGAGACCGAGCUGGCGGACGCGCGCAAGGUGCUGGACACCACGGCCAAAGACAGGGCCCGGCUGCAGAUCGAGCUGAGCCGGCUGUCCGAGGAGCAUGCGCGCUUGCAGACGAGGAACAAUAAGACGGAGUCCGACCUGACCACAGCGGUGGAGCGAUGGAGAAGCGUCGAAGCAGCUCUCAACUCCAGAGAGGCUGAAUUUGCAAACCUGCUGUCAGAAAACCGGAUACAAGAAAAGGAAAUGCUUGAGCUCAAGGCUCAGGUUUCCAAUCUGGAAGGAGCCCUGCAGCAUGCCAAGACUCAGCUUCACGAGGAGAUGCUGCACAGGGUGGACCUGGAAAACCAGCUACAGACGGCCCAUGAACAAAUGGACUUUCAGAAACACAUCAGUGAAGAAGAGGUGAAGGAAAUGCGGACACGUCACGAGUCGAGGCUACUGGAAGUGGAGUCCGGACGAAAAAAGGAGUUUGAGAGCAAACUGGCUGAAGCCCUGCAGCAGCUCCGACAGGAGCAUGAGGUCCAAGUCCUCCAGUACAAGGAGGAGCUGGGGAAGACCUUUGGUGCCAAGCUGGAGAACGCUCAACAAGCAGCAACUAAGCACAGUGACCUUGUCAGCUCAACCCGGGAGGAGCUUGCUGAUAACAAGAUGAAGCUGGAUAACCUGGCAGCGCAGCUCAGCCAGACACAGAAGAAGAAUUGCACCCUGGAGAUCAGAGUGCGGGACCUAGAGGAUACAUUAGACCGGGAGCGGCGAGCCAGCCAGAGACGCAUGUUAGAGAAGGACCAGGAAAUGUCUGAUAUGAGGCAGCAAAUGCAGGCUCAGCUGGAGGAUUACGAGAACCUACUGGAUGUGAAGUUGGCGCUAGACAUGGAGAUCAAUGCCUAUAGGAAGAUGCUGGAAGGAGAGGAACAGAGGCUUCACCUGUCUCCCAGUCCCUCGCAGCACGGUGCUGUGGCCCGCACACAUAUGCCGGCCUCCCAGAGGACGAGGGGCAGGAAGCGCAAGAUGGAGGGAAGAUACUCCGGCUCGUCCGGGUACAAGAUCUCUCAGCAUGCCUCAUCUCGGGGGAGUGUUUCCAUCGAUGAGAUCGACCUCGAAGGAAAUUACAUCAAGCUUCGGAACAAUUCUGACACAGAUCAACCUUUAGGUGGGUGGGUCAUAAGGAAGAGCCAUAGGACUGCCCCAGAUAUUGUCUUCCAGAUCCCACCUUCAUACGUUCUGAAUGGAAGACAGACUGUGACAAUUUGGGGCUCCAGUGCUGGGGUUACCUCCAACCCUCCCAGUGAUUUGGUGUGGGGGACCCAGCAAAAUUGGGGUGCGGUCGACGAUGUCCGGGUUGUCCUCGUAAAUGCUCACGAUGAGGAGAUAGCAGAGCGAAGGCUGCUAUGUGUAGCACAAGGCGGAGGAGGGGACUCUGAGGUGGAGCUGGAGGAAGAGGAGGCCAUAGCUGUCAGCGAAGGGCAUCUCCGUCGACAGGGUCAGCAUGGAGCGGAGGAAGCCAGCUGUGCUGUAAUGUAACAGCUGUCGUCUCACCUGGAAAUCCCGUAUUUGAAUGUGCUACUUGGAAUGGUUCCUGCUGCCUGUGAACUUGUUUGGAAGCUUAUAGUGUCAGAGAAUACCAUUCUUGGAGCUGCAGGCCACAAAUUGGCUGGUGCUGUAACAUGACCAGUGAUGCACACAGAGAGCUCUUAUCUCCUGGCAGACCGUUGGUUUUCAGCCAGGCCUUUACCUGCAGCCAUCAUGUGAAGUGUUUAGAGCUUGAGACUGGUUUUGUAAUACUUUCCAAUCAUCCCUCCUUAAUGGUUAAAUGAACAUAGGUAAGAAUUAGAGCACAGAUGUAUGAUUGUGCCUCCUUUGGGCAGGAAGCAUUACAUUUUUCCAUUUUGUGGUUAUUGUGUAAUGCCAUUUUUCUUAGCGCAAGCUGGAUGCCAGUUUUAUGAUGGUGAGAUACAGUUAGCUGUCAUGUGUCUUAGAACUCAUUGACUGUACCAUAUGGAGAAAUGCCCAGAAUAACUACAUUAAUUUAUACUUACUAUUAUUCAUCCUGUUGCCUUUUUUGUGGAAUGAUUUCAAAUGCACUUGUAUAUCUUUUGAACAUAAUUUGGGUACUAAUAUUUAUAUAAGGCUUCAUAAGGCCACUUGGAAAGGUUGUCUGCCUUUGAGCCAAAGAACUUUAUUUUUAAUAAGGUGGAGAGUUGUGGAGUGUGAGUAUUUAUUUAAAUGUUACACAGGGAGACUUGUGUCCUGAUGUCAGUAUUGUAAUUUGCCAAAAGUGGAGUGUACUGGUGCCCAGUGAGGCGUUUGACUGCUUCGAUUUGAGGAUUCUCAUUCGAUAUUUUUUCAGAUCCUAUGGAGGAAAAAUUUGCUCGUCUGAUAUUAAGUGGCCUUUAAUUUUCCACUGCUUAACAAAUGCUAAAUGUUAUCCUAUUUUCAAUAAAAUCUACACUAUAUACUAUGUAUGUCCUUUUCUUAUUCCAUAUACUGUGUUGCCUGCCAGCAAAAUGAGCUGCUACAAUUUAAGCAUGGUGCACUUAAACCAACAGUACAAUAUUCUUCUCAUAAUAAAGAUUUUUACUGAAUCAAUUACUGUAAUUCAUUGGUUUGUUUGGUUAAAUGUGGUAUGUUGAAUAGACCCCAUGCGUAGGCGAGCUGAUUACAGGGCUCUACUGGAAAAAAUGCAGUGUGCUUGCUUUUAAAAAAGGAUGGAGCCAUUUCAUAGCCAGGUACAGUACUUAUUGUGUUUUACCAAGGUGCAUCAGAUGUAGGGCUCUCCUAAAUACAUUUUUUUUUGUUUUUUUUU